CUUGACCCAGGGAGUGGCACUUUGGGAAGGUGUGGCCUUGUUGGAGUAGGUGUGGCCUUGCUGGAGGAAGUAUGUCACAAUAGGAAUGGGCUUUCAACCCCUCCUCCUACCCACAUGGGAGAGAAUCUUCUGUUUGCCUUCCGAACAAGAUGUGGAAUUUCAGUUCCUGCAGCAUUAUGCCAGCCUGGAUGCUGCCAUGAUUCCUGUCUUAAUGAUUAUGGACUGAACCUCUGAACCACAGCAUGGGUUGGAUUAAUGAGACAAGAGACAGAGAAACCUAGGCAACUCGAAAUAUGAAGCUAAGAAAGCAAACGAGUCUAUGUUUUGAAGGCACCUGUUUCCUGUGAGAUUCCAGAAUGCAGCUGACACCCAUCACAUACCCUGGAGAGGGAAGUUGAAGACAUGGGUUCUCCUGAUCCUCUUGAGGUGCAGCAAACACUUCAGCCACACAGAGGAAGUACAGUUUCUGUGGUUGUGAAGCUGAGUUCGUCCAUAACAAAUAUCUCAAAUAUUGGAUCAACCUUUCAGGCUUCCAAAGUAAACAGAAGACACCUCUCCAGGAAUCAUCAAGGGCUUCCAUACCACUUUAGAACUGAGAGUAUUUCCAGACUCAUGAACUGAGUUAACUACCAGAUUCUAGCACUAUGCAACUGAUACAACCAUUGUUGAACUAUAUGGAUUAACACAAAUUAUUUCAUGAAUGCAGAGCAUAUUUCAUGGAAUUCGGCAAUCUUGAAGAUGGAAGCUCUGGACACUGACAGCAAAUUCUUUCUGCCCCUCUCAGUCACCAUUUGACCUUCAUAUGAUGUCAGCUCUGAGAGCCAGCGAGAAAUAACAGACUUCACCUUGGAAUAGCUCAACACACUCGUGCAGCAUUAAAGCAGAUUUCAAGAGAAAACAAAAAUCAAGCCCUAACCCACCUCUUCAUUUCUACAUUGCAAAGAGAACAGUUUCAUGCUCCAGAACUCAGCCACUAAUACCUAAAGCUCAACAACUUCAAUACCUAAGAAGAAAUCUACAACAAAACAUUCAUAGACUGAACUAUAAGAGUCAUUUUCAGAUUCAAGAGAACUAGCAUUUGCUCCUCACUGAAAUGGCCAUUGAGAUGCUAAACGUAAAUAUGCUGGAUUCUCUCAAGCUGCUUGACAAGCAAGAGGUGGAAAAGAUGACCUGUGCUAUCCUACACUGACUACUCGGGAUGCAAUGGCUGUCCCUGGGUUUCCAUUCAUGAAAAGGAUGUAAAUAUGAUCUGACCCUUCCCUGAUGGGCAGCUAAAUCAUGGACAGACUAAAUGGCUUACUUUGGACUGUCCUUCCAAAAGAUGCUUUGGCUUCUCUCUUGAAUGCAUACUGAGCCAUUGUAGGCCACGAAGACAAGAAGGACUGUAAACGGGAAGUGAUCUUACAAUGAGAAUUACGAGCACAUCUUGCAUCUGUCCAGUCCUCGUGUGUCUCUGUUUCGUGCAGAGGUGUUAUGGAACUGCUCACCACAGCUCCAUUAAGGUGACCAGAAACCAAACCAAACACACUGAAGGGGAAACUGAAGUACACCAUCGUCCCAAGAGGGGAUGGGUAUGGAACCAGUUCUUUGUUUUAGAAGAACAUAUGGGACCAGAUCCACAGUAUGUUGGAAAACUGCACUCCAACUCUGACAAAGGUGAUGGUUCUGUCAAGUACAUCCUGACUGGAGAAGGUGCCGGGACUAUAUUUAUCAUUGAUGACACCACAGGUGACAUCCACUCAACCAAAAGCCUGGACAGAGAGCAGAAGACUCACUAUGUGCUUCAUGCCCAGGCUAUUGACAGACGGACAAACAAGCCCCUUGAACCUGAAUCUGAGUUCAUCAUCAAAGUGCAAGAUAUCAAUGACAAUGCUCCAAAGUUCACAGAUGGACCAUACAUCGUUACUGUGCCUGAAAUGUCAGAUAUGGGUACCUCUGUUCUACAGGUGACAGCUACAGAUGCAGAUGACCCCACCUAUGGAAACAGUGCUCGAGUUGUUUACAGUAUCCUGCAAGGACAACCUUAUUUCUCUGUAGAUCCUAAAACAGGAGUCAUUCGAACAGCUUUACACAACAUGGACAGAGAAGCCAGAGAGCAUUACUCAGUGGUCAUUCAAGCCAAAGAUAUGGCUGGGCAAGUUGGUGGACUUUCAGGAUCCACAACUGUCAACAUUACCUUGACUGAUGUCAAUGACAACCCACCACGCUUCCCACAGAAACACUAUCAACUGUAUGUUCCUGAGUCUGCUCAAGUUGGUUCAGCUGUUGGGAAAAUCAAAGCAAAUGAUGCAGACACUGGCUCAAAUGCAGAUAUGACCUACUCCAUCACUAAUGGUGACGGGAUUGGAGUAUUCUCUAUUUCCACUGACAAGGACACCAGAGAAGGAAUACUUUCUUUAAAGAAGCCACUGAACUAUGAGAAAAAGAAGUCUUACACACUCAACAUUGAAGGAGCAAAUACACAUCUGGAUUUCCGUUUUUCCCACUUGGGUCCAUUUAAGGAUGCCACCAUGCUGAAGAUCAUUGUUGGGGAUGUGGAUGAACCACCACUCUUUUCUAUGCCUUCCUAUGUCAUGGAAGUUUAUGAAAAUGCCAAGAUUGGGACAAUUGUUGGUACUGUCUUGGCACAGGAUCCAGACAGUGCUAACAGCUUAGUAAGGUAUUUCAUCAACCACAGUAUGGAAGAGGAGAGAUUUUUCAAUAUUGAUGCAAAUACUGGAACCAUUAAAACAUCAAAAGUAUUGGACAGAGAAGAAACACCAUGGUACAAUAUCACAGUGACUGCUUCAGAAAACGACAAUCCUGAUUUGCUGAGCCAUGUCUCCGUGGGUAUUAGAGUUCUGGAUGUCAAUGACAAUCCACCCGAACUUGCCAGGGAAUAUGAUAUUGUUGUCUGUGAGAAUUCUAAGCCUGGUCAGGUUAUCCACACCAUCACUGCCACUGAUAAAGAUGACUUUGCCAAUGGACCGAGAUUUAAUUUUUUUCUUGAUGAACGCCUGCCCAUGAACCCAAAUUUUACACUUAAGGACAAUGAAGAUAACACAGCCAGCAUUCUGACAAGGCGGAGGAGAUUUAGUCGAACUAUGCAGGAUGUGUAUUAUCUGCCCAUUAUGAUCUCUGAUGGUGGAAUCCCCUCUCUCAGCAGCAGCAGCACCCUCACCAUCAGGGUUUGUGCAUGCGAGAGAGAUGGGCGCGUGCGGACCUGCCAUGCAGAAGCUUUCCUGUCCUCCGCUGGCUUGAGCACAGGAGCCCUAAUCGCUAUUCUUCUCUGUGUUGUCAUUCUUCUUGCCAUUGUGGUCCUUUUUAUCACCUUGAGGCGCGGCAAAAAAGAGCCCUUGAUCAUUUCAGAGGAAGAUGUGCGAGAGAAUGUGGUGACAUAUGAUGACGAGGGAGGAGGGGAGGAAGACACCGAGGCCUUCGACAUCACAGCUUUGAGAAAUCCUUCCGCUGCAGAGGAGUUCAAGUAUCGCAGAGACAUUCGGCCUGAAGUGAAGCUCACUCCUAGACAUCAGACAUUGUCCACCCUGGAGAGUAUAGACGUUCAGGAGUUUAUUAAGCAAAGACUCGCAGAAGCAGACCUGGACCCCAGCGUGCCCCCUUAUGACUCGCUUCAGACUUAUGCCUACGAGGGUCAGAGGUCAGAAGCUGGGUCUAUCAGCUCCCUGGACUCUGCAACCACGCAAUCAGACCAGGAUUAUCACUACCUUGGAGAUUGGGGGCCCGAGUUUAAAAAGUUAGCUGAACUCUAUGGAGAAAUAGAAUCUGAAAGAACAACUUAGGGGGUUAAUUUUAUUUUACUUUUUGGAGCUAUGUAGAAUUUGCUUCCUGACCAAGUGGAGAUAUGACCUCAAUAAGACAAGGAAGUCGAGCGGAAACAGUACUUGGAACUGAGCAAGCUGUACACAGCUCCUGUAGAAACAAGUGUCCUUUUUAUGGUCAAAAAAAAAAAAAUGGGUUAUUUAAUUGGAAGAAAGUCAGAUAUCAAAAUAAUAAUAAUAACAGAGAAAAAGCUAUUGUUCCUUGUGUAUAUUUUCAAAUGCUCAAUAAAGUCUAUGGUACUGUUUAAUUAAGAAUAUCUGAACAAAGACCAACAGUGAAUAUUUAUUUCAUGAUGUUGUGACUUACUUUUCCCAAGGCAAAAUUAAACAAAGGAGGCUUAAAAAUCGCUGUCAGAUCCUUACGCUGGACAUGGAAACAUACCAAGGUGGUCAUAGACUCCUUUACUAUUUUCUGGGUGGAUCUUUGAGACCCUUAGUUUGCUAUUAUUAACAGAUCUCACUAUCCUGUUCCUUUGCUGAAAUUACACGAGGUAUCCCCUACGUUCCAGACGACCGUGACAUGGACUUGAAGAUCCCCUUUUCCUCAGCCCUCCCCACUUCUGUUCUCCACACAAAGCUGAUGGAGCACGGGGAUUUGCUGCCUGCACUAUAACAUAUGCAACUUCAGUGCACCAGACAUGCACUGUUCUACGCAUGGAGAUGCAGUUCUCUGUCCUACCCAUUGUACCUUAUAUUAACAGGAGACACCGUUUUAAAAUUGAUAGAAUGAAAGAACUCUGAUCAUCAGAUACGUCAGGGAAAUUUCGAUUUAAAAUAUAAACCUCAUCCUGUUUAAAAGGUAGAAAAACCUUUCUUUUCUCUCCGUUCUUAUUCCCUUUCAUUUUUAGUACAUGUAUACCUUAAAUUGGUUGUCUGUUUUUUUUCUCCCCUCUGGCUUGUUUAUACUUCACCAUGGUUCAUGCAUCCCCACCUUAGGUAGUUUUUCAUAAUGUGUAUGUCACAUGGUUAGUCUGAUCACAUUGUAGCAUCUCUUGUUCUUUAGCCGUCUUCAUCCUUCUCAGUUUCCCUGGUUAGUCCUUGCACGUGUGGUAUUUACAAGAGAAGCAGGCCAAAGAAAUGAAGGAAUCACUCAGAUGACCCUGAACAGUUCCCAAGGGUCUAUGCAUUUAAGGGUCCCCCAAAUGCAGAAUAGAAAUAACAAUGAUUUUCCUGCCUACCUCGCAGGGCUGUUGUGAGGGUAAAGCAGGCACCUGUAGAACUGCUUUGACAAGUGCAAAGUAUUCUGCUACUUGAAGAUUUGCACACACCUAAAUGACCAACACUAUUAGCUUCAACAUAUUGACAUACAUACAUUUCACUAGACAAUGAUCUUAGGAUGAGAAAGUUUUAUGAAACCUUCAAGAUCGAAGCUACUGUUAACAUAAAUAUGUACUAUACAAUACUAAUCUUUUUAAUAUUUUCCAAAAUCUCAUUUUCUUAAUAACUUCUUGUGGCUUUUUAAACUUUUAUUUAAGGAAUAUUUUGUUCCCUUGUUUUGGGGGUUUUAUGUAAAAAGAAAUAGAAUAUUAAGGUACUACACUUUGAAAUUACCUCGUCUAUGUACUGGUAAAUUGGAAUUUUUAAACAUAUAAAGUAUAAACUAUUUGAAGGAAUAUAUGUUUUUCAUUUAAUCUUUAAAUUUAAUAUAAUAUAAUGUCCCCAAACGUUCUAUGAUGUUUUCUGACUCUACCCUUGUGCAAAUUUUGGGACUGUGCCUCUGUUUGAAACUGCCUUGUGCUGUCAUAUCCAGUUUUGAGGUUUGGGAACUGAGUUAAUUUGAGUAACUCUCAGUUUGUGUUCUAAGUCUGAGGAAUAAAGUGGAAUCUGAGCCUUUGA